GAGCGAGGGAGGCGGAGACGAUCUCGGCGAGAGGCACCGCGUGAUGGACGCAGCAAAUCCUCGCACGCCAAUCUUGCUGCCCAUCGGUUUUGACGUGCACAUAUAUAUACCAAGAAACGCCUGCACAUACACGCUGGGCACUCUGGCCACGCCAUACCAGCACGUCCGUCCACACGCCACGCCAAUCACGACCAUGGCCAAAGCAAGAGCCACCAGCUCUCAGCUCCUCCGCCUCCUCGUCCUCUCGCUGCUCGCCUGCCUGCUUCCCGCCCGAGGUGGCGGCGACGAUGGCGGCCGAUGCCCUCGGGUCCCUUCUAUGGCCGCCGAGCGCGCGUGCAGGACGGUCUGCGGCACGCGGCCCAUGCGCGACCUCUGCCUCCGCACGCUUCCCGGUGCCCGCACGGCAGUACCAGCCACCAGCCACGCCAUGGCGGCCGCGCGCAGCGCGCUCGACUCCUACGCCGCCACGGUGGCCGUGGCGACGUCGCUGCUCGACGGCGGCGCGGUCCCGGACGGAGAGAGGGCCGCGUACGGCGACUGCAUGGUGGGCUACGGCCGUGCCCGUGUGGCCAUGGCCCGUGUCGCCGACGACCUGGCGGGCGGCUGCGACAGGGCCGCAGGCCUGAAACCAGGGUACACGGCCGGGCUCCGCGGCAUGGACAGGUGCAAGAGAGGCCUGUUCAAUUACCCGGCGUCGCCGUUGAACGCCAUGAACCUCGCCGACCGGAACAAGACCCUGCUCGCUGCCCUGUUCUACAGCCUUGUGCCGAACGCCAUGUGAACCGGUAGUCACGAGCCAGAGCAUAUUCGGUUGAAUUUAAUGAUGUGAUUUCAGAUUUCGAAUGUAAUAUGGUAAAGUUCAAACUGAGGUGUCAGUACUGAUGAGUUGGUUUGUUUGAAUG